CACAAGCUGAGCCUGGCGGAAGGGGUGAAGGUGCUCCUGGAUAGUCGAGUUCCCGUCCAUCAUAUACGUUAGCUUGUGGGUUCUUAGCUCCAAUGUAAAAUACAUUAGCUCGUGGAUGAUACACAUUUCUUUCAGCUAAUGAUUAGAAAUUGGUUGAUUAACAUUAAACUCUGAAUUUAAUUACUCGCCAAAUCUACCUUAUAUGUGUUUAAUAGAAUUUAUUGGAGAAUAAACAAAAGAGGGAAAUAGUUCUAGUUUUGUAUUCGUCGGCCAUAUGGUACUGAGCGUGGCUAUUGAAGGGGAUGAGCAGUCAGGCCGAGAUGGGCCAACAACUCAAAACCCCUCUGAGCCUGACCCGCCAAAGUCACCCGUUGAUGUUGUGGUUCAAAUAUCACCUUCAAAAGGUGGUGUGGUGUAUGGCUGCUUCCUGCUCCUGGGCCUGGGCACACUGUUACCAUGGAACUUUUUCAUCACUGCUCAGACGUACUGGGAUUUCAAGUUCCGAAAUACAUCCCACACCAACGAGACGAUGUCUGAGCCAACAGAAUUGCAAAGGUUAUACACACCUAUGCAGGUCUGCUUCUCUCAGAUACCCAACUUUGUGUUCCUCUUUAUCAAUGCUCUCUUCAGCCAUAAGCUCCCACAGCGACUGAGGCUUCUAGUAUCGCUAACUUUGAUGAUCAUACUCUUCGCCUUGACCACGAUACUCACCCAGAUCAACACAGAUGAUUGGCAGAAGGGCUUCUUUAUAUUAACUAUCCUCAUCAUCAUUCUUAUCAACAGUUCAGGUGCAAUCUUCCAAGGUGGCUUAUUUGGUGUAGCAGGCAUGUUUCCUGAGAAAUACAUGACUGCUGUAGUGGCUGGGCAAGCUCUAGGAGGUGUAUUUGCCUCUGGGGCACGUAUUGUCUCCCUCUCAGUGGGAGCAAAGGAUGAAAAUGCUGCAUUUAUAUACUUCAUGAUUGCUGUUGUUGUAAUGAUCCUCACACUUACUGCCUACCUCUAUAUGUCCAAAACUGAAUUUUACAACCACUACACCAACUGCCAAGCACCUGAAAAAGAUAAGAGUGGGCCUCCUGCUGGCAGGACAGUAGCUGAACAAAUAGAGACCUUUAAGGAUAUAUGGCCUAUUGGAUUGUCAGUAUGUGGAGUUUUUGCAGUAACACUUGGAGCAUUCCCAGCUCUCUGUGUUAAGAUAAUUUCACACUCAGAAGAUGAUAAAUGGGCAAGUAAGUAUUUUGUUGUCUUUGUUGUGAAUUAUACAGUAUAG